AUGCGACUGGGUCGACUCAAGUUCAUCCCGUACUCGUCCAUGCUCGCGCUCAUGGGCGCGCUCUCACGCGAUAUCAGCCACCACCACCAUGAAUUCCGCUUCCGCAUCGACAGCUUCGUUCCAGUGGCGCUGUUCGUGGCAUGCACGCACGUCAUGACGCACUAUUACAACGAAUACUUCGACUUCGAAGCCGAUCUCGCGAACAAGCACCGCGGUAAGUGGAACGGCGGCUCGGGCGUGCUCCCCGAGGGCUUGCUUCCGCGCUGGUUGGCGCUCGCCGCGGCGAACGUGCUCCUCAUGGGGAGCGUCGUCACUCAGCUCGCGUUCUUCCGCGCCCCCGCGCAGUGCGUCGCGUGCGCGACGCUCUUCCUCUCGUGGGCGUACACCGCGCCGCCCUUCAAGCUCCACUAUCGCGGCUUGGGCGAAGCGACUGUUGCCGCCGUGCUGACGUGGGGCGUUCCCGUGAUGGGCGCGCUGCAGCGCCGCGACGAUGACGCGUUCGUGCUCCCCACGUCACUUCGCGCGAUCAUCCCGCUGCUGUGCGCGCAGCAGUUGGUGCGGAUGAUGGUCAUGAAUCUUCCCGACAUCGAUUCCGACCUCCAUUUGGCGCGUCGCCUAGACGGGAUCGUGUUUGCCGUCGCUGGGACUGCGGCAGGUUCCUCCCGCGACACAAAAGAAUACGAAGACGCCACGUCUGAUCAUACUGCUGCGGGAAAGCCCUUGAAGAGUACUAUGGACUUUGGAGAUCUUCCGUACCAGGCGACGAUUCACGUGGCAUCAACGGCGCUGAUGCUGGUCCUGGCCCAAGCCGUGGUGCUGAUGAUGCAGUGA